CUGUGCGGCGACACCGGAGCGUCCGCCAUCUUCGGACCACAGAAGGGAGCCACUCCCGAAAUUGUCGUCGAACUCGACCAGUGCCUGGCCAACCUGGCGCGCGUCGUAGCGUCCGACCUGGGCGUGGAUGUGUUGCAUACUGCCGGGUCGGGAGCCGCUGGCGGCCUGGGAGCCGGCCUGAUUGCCUUCACCAACGCCGAAUUGCGCUCCGGCAUCGAUAUGGUGUGCGACGUGCUGGACUUCGAUAGCCACGCCGCCACCGCCGAUCUGGUAAUCACCGGCGAGGGCCGCGCCGACCGCUCCACCGCCUUCGACAAGGCCCCGGUGGGCAUCGCCCGCCGCAGCCGGGCGUUCGGCGUCCCUACCCUACUCCUGGCCGGCGGUUUGGGAUCCGGCUAUGACGUGCUGUAUGACCACGGCAUCGACGCGAUCAUUUCCAUCGCCGAAGAACCGACCGAUCUGGCAUCCAGUCUCGCACAGGGGGCGGAAUUGCUGGAGCGCGCCGCCGAACGGGCCUUGCGCCUCUACAACCUCGGUAAAAACGCGCAGCACUGA